AUGCAAUCAAGACUCGAACUUCCUCAAUACAUCGGUCUCACCGGCUCGAUGUUAUCCUUCUCUUGCAAUAUUUUCCUGAUGUACAUCAUUGGAAAAUUUUCAAGACCCGAAUAUGGGUCUUAUCGAAUUCUUAUGGGAGUCAUGGCUGGGUUAUAUGUGGUCUACUCAUCCAUUGAUAUUUUAGUUCUGCCGAGCUAUUUUGUGUUCGGUUAUAACUAUUUUCUUUUCACAACGCAUUUGGUGCAGUACCAGGAGUUAUCGCAAAUUUUGAUAGUUACCUUCUGUUCCGUCUUCGGCUGCAUUCAAGUGGUCCUAUCUGUCCAAUUCAUCUACCGUUAUUUAUCCGUCGCUAGCUUCAAUUAUCUACGCGAAAAAUAUUUCAAGGGGCGAUGUCAUAUUGUUUGGGUAUCCGCCACUACCCUAUUCUUCCUAAAUUGGUUCUUAGUGGCCAUCUUGGUUUUCGCAAACCAUGGAGAUCAUCCAAAAGAGUUAGAAGAAGCAGUAAUGGAUAGAUUUGGCAGGAAUGUCACUGAUAUGGCAUUUACACUCGUCACUUAUGCUCAAUUAGACACAAAUGGAAAAGUUCAAAUCAACUAUAAAGACAUCGUUAUGAUAUUGUACUUGAUUUUUUGUGCGAGCAUCCCAAUGACAAUUUCCAUGAUUUGUGGCAUCAAAACAUGGCUGAAAAUUCAAUCUACUAUUAGUCUCGCCCAGAAAUCUAGACAACUUCAAAGACAAGAACGUCAGCUGUUUUUCGCACUGCUCACUCAGUUUAGUAUCCCAUUUUUGGGGAAUACAGUACCCAUGCUUUUUCUAUUUUUAUGUCCUGCACUUUAUAUUUCUCCGGAACCCUAUACAAACUACAUUUGUAUUCUAAUUCCAUUUUAUCCAGUUUUUGACGCAAUUGCAACGACGAUAAUUAUUAAGGACUACUAUCGAGGAGUUCUCAAACUCUUCGGAUUGUCCCAAUACGCUCAAAGCAGUUCAAUGUUUUCAACAGGUGGCCAUGUGCCUCCGAACACUAUAAAUGCAAAUGUUUCUAGUGAAAAAAGUGUUGAAUCGAUUCCGUUGGCUCGGAUGGACAGUCAAAUGUAA